AUGGGACCGGGCCGGCUCGUGAAGUUGUGCCGGAGGGGCGCUUCUUCUUACGUGGAAAGCGUACGCCUUCUCGAUCACUGGCAAUUGCAUGAUGAUGCGUUAUCUGGUGAAUUUCCACGGGGUGCCUUCGUUCUGAUGGUGGACAAAAGACCUUUGAUCAAGAAAACGGGUUCCGACGUGCAGCUAGUCAUGCAUUCGUUCCGAGACCUCCGAAACAACCUUUCGAAGUAUGGGCUGAACUUUUCGAUUGAAAAUUCUUGUUUGAUCGAUACGGUGGCCUUGUUCGGCACAUCACUCGAAACGGUCACGCCGCCCGAAGAUUUGCCGGUGCCACCGGAUGAGCGAGCGCUCUUGGCGGACGGUUUUUUGAUCUGCGCAUGGCCAUGC